AUGCAUCAUCAGCUAGAAGUUAGCAAUUGAUCGGAUAACGGACUAGCGAGCGAAGCUAGCAAACACUGGCUAGCUCAACACGCGAACGAGGCGACGACGAUAAGAGACUCUAACACAAUAAUGUGUUACUACACGGGAGAGUGUUAAGGAGAUAUUUUUGUUGGCUCGGGGGCUGGUUUGCGACAAUAAAUGGUAGCGACAUUACUAUUUUAGCGAGGCUAGCCGGGCUAAGUUGCCUCACAGAGGAAAUGGGACCAAACGGCAGGUUAACAACUGGUUCUGGGGUUUAGCUUUUUUAAGUUGAAUAGUUUCCAGUUAUGCUUCGGUGAGUGAACAAAGCGACGCCACUAUGGUGGUGCUAGGUAGCGUUACAGUAAACCACACCUUAAACUCAUACCAGCUGUCACUUUUUCGUUAUUUCACGCUUGCCGCGAGAGACGGGACGCAAGCGUGACGCUUCUGCUCUUCCAGUGGCAUAACCUGUUCCCACUCUGUUUCCUCGACUUCAGCACCUGCCCAGUUAAACGAGUCCACGGUUCCACACCUGAUCCAGCAUGAAGGUCGUCGGGUCCAGGUUCUCGUUCUAUGCGGGUUUUCUCGUGGGAAUCCUGACACUGUACCUGUUUCUGCGGCAGAGGAGCGUGACAUUACAGCAGAUGCCCCUUGACCAGCUCCACGGUCACCAGCAACGGUCCGAGGACGAGGGGAAGCAAUGGAAGAAGGAGAGGUCUGCCCUUUUCAACCUGGAGCACCCGCACCACAAAGGAGAAGAUAGUUACAUGGCUGAUGAACUCUACAAAAAAGUGCGUAUCCUUUGCUGGGUGAUGACUGGACCUAGCAACCUGGAGACGAAGGCUCGGCACGUGAAGUCCACGUGGAGUCGUCACUGCAAUAUCGUGGUCUUCAUGAGCUCUGUGGAGGAUCCCGAUUUCCCCACAGUGGGACUGGGCACGAAGGAAGGUCGUGAUCAGCUGUACUGGAAAACCAUCCGAGCUUUCCAUUACGCCUACGAACAUCAUGCUGAAGAGGCAGACUGGUUCCUCAAGGCAGACGAUGACACCUAUGUGAUCGUAGACAACCUGCGGUGGGUCCUGGCGAACUAUACGCCAAAUGAACCGAUUUACUUCGGCCGUAGAUUUAAGCCGUACACCAAGCAGGGCUACAUGAGCGGAGGGGCGGGAUACGUGCUAAGCCGAGAGGCUCUGCGGCGAUUUGUGGAAGGUUUUAAAAGCAAACAGUGCACUCACACCACUUCUGUAGAGGACCUGGCAAUGGGGCAGUGCAUGGAGAAGGUUGGUGUGUUGGCAGGAGACUCCAGAGACACCAGGCAGAGGGAGACAUUUCACCCCUUCGUCCCGGAGCAGCACCUCACUGUCAAGUUUCCUAAGAGCUUCUGGUAUUGGAGUUACUGCUACUAUCCCAUCACUGAGGGUCCAAAUUGCUGCUCAGACCUGUCUGUGUCUUUUCACUACGUAAAUGCUGAAAACAUGUAUUUACUGGAGUAUUACACAUAUCACUUGCGUGCCUUUGGUUAUGGAUAUCGUUAUCAGCCCCCUGCUCCACUGGGCUACAGUUUAAAGUGGGACAGUAGCAAGGAGAAAGAGAAAGAGCUGAUGUCUCAAGGGAAAGAUGGAAAGGAGAGCGAUACCCCCAGGACUGACAUGAAACAAGAUCCAGAUGCCCUUCCUGCAGAUAUUCUUCCUGAUGACCACCCUCCACGUGCUUCAGAAAACAAAUGACAAUAGGGCUGUGCGCAUAAAGGGAAUUAUGAAAAAGUGUACCAUGGAAGUUUGCUGUUUUUAUAAUCUUGGCUCAUAUGUCUAAAAAAGGUGGAAGGAGCUGAGGCUUUUCCAUGUAUGUGGCCUUGCCUGCAAUUCUCCACACGAAGGACUGCUGCUAAUGGAAACAGUGGAUUUCAUAACGCGGAGAUUUAUAGUUUUUAUUAGACUUUUUCAGGUUUGCUAGGUGGGUAUUACAAUUUAAUCUAUUAUUUAAAAGUUGGCUACAGCUUUCUGUCUGGUGUGUGUGUGUGUGUGUGUGUGUGUGUGUGUAUGUAUAUAUAUAUAUAUAUAUAUAUAUAUAUAUAUAUAUAUAUAAUAUAUAAUAUAUAUAUAUAUAUAUAUAUAUAUAUACAUACACACACACACACAACAGACAGAAAUAUAUGUAUAUUUAUUCCUGUUGAAGUAUUUACCAGUGUCGCUGUUUAUUUCGGAAAUGUUUGAUCCAUUACUUCUACAAUGUCACCAAACCUUGUCUUCAUUUAAAACCUGGACAGUUAUGUGCCUGCUGAUAGUAGCCCCAGAAGCCCCAUAAUUUUAUAAGGGGAUGAAAACAGGUUGCCAAACCACAUUGUGGUUGUAAAUUAUGGUGUUGGUCAUGCAGGGAGUGUUGCUGCUGCUCAGAUUUGCCACCGGUGUGUUCCGGUUAUCUCAAACCUUUACCAUUUAAUCUCACGUCUGUCCUUGGUGGGCGGACACACCUAGUCCACAUGAUCCGAGCCGACACAGUCAUCGAUUUGUACUUCCUGAUACACACCUCACAGCUCCCUGCAUUUCCCCUUCUCAUUAGCUUGUGCCUUGUAAAUUGAGAUUGUAUGAGCCUCCAGCUGCACACAUGACUUUGCACUGUGACAUUACCAUGAUGGAACUAAUGCUUUCAGAUAUACUCUUAAAAUCCUUCCAAUAUAGUGAGUGUGGCGUUUUUGUGAGCCAGUUGUUCAUAAUAGCUUUUAUUUUCAGCCUUUUAGUCUUGAUAGUACUGUUCAGGCCACCCACUGUAUUCUGUUAGUACAUCAUGUAUUCACAACAUUUCCUCUACUGGUUUUUACUAAAGAAAUAUUACUAUGGAAAUACUGUUAAUUACCAAAUACACAGUUUAGCAGUCAGAUGGGAUUUCCUUAGAAACCAAACACAUCUUUUAAAUGAAAAAUGAAGGCACAUGUGAGAAUAAUUAUCACUUUUCUAACCACUUAACAUAAUAUUUCCCCUUGAAGUUAACAUUUGACCUAAUGGGUUCUUAUGAAAUGAAUGUACCAGUUCCAUUAUUAAGUUGCUACAAACUUAUCUAUUACAGUAAGUAACAAUACAUUGUGGGUUGACUUUCUGCCUGCAAAACGCUUUGUUGAAAACUACCACAUACGGUUUUUGGUGGCAGAAAGACAGACAUUCACACAUUCAGUCCUCGACAAUCUACACCAAGAUCCAGAUUAUAUUAUAGAGCUUGUACAGUACUGUAUUUAUAUUUGAAAUGGGUUUUUGUCUGAGACCAGUUGAUAAAUUUUGUGUGUGUGUGUGUGUGUGUGUGUGUGAGAGAGGCUGUGAGAGCACAUGAUCACUGUCUAGGUUGUUUUCACUGAGUACUUCAAUCACUAUAAAUAAAUGUGUAUUUUAUUGUAA